AUUUGUUCAACUCAACACAUCAUUCAAAAAUGAAGGUAUUCAUCUGUGUUCUUGCUAUUGUAAGCUGUGCAACAGCUGGCUUCCUUACCGGAGAGCAUGGCGGUGGACACGGUGGUGGACACGGCGGCGAUCACGGCGGUUACUCGUACUCAGCUCCUCAACCAGCUGCUCAAGUUGUUCAAAUUGUUGAAGAACAAGGUGGUCAUGGGGGACACGGCGGACACGGCGGACACGGUGGAUACAGUGGUGGUCAUGGAGGUGGACAUGGAGGUGGACAUUCAGCUCCAGCUCAAGAAAUCAAAAUCGUUCAAGUUGUUGAAGAAGAGGCUCAUCAUGGUGGCGGUGGAGGUCAUGGCGGUUAUGACGCUGGCCAUGGAGGUCAUCAAGAAGAACAAGUAGUUAUUCUUAAACAAGCAAGCGGCGGACAUGGUCAUGGCGGUGGUCACGGUGGUCACUCAGCACCAGCUAAAAUCGUUAAAGUGAUCGAAGAAGAAUCUCAUGGAGGACAUAUGGUUGAACCACAAGUUGUCAAAGUUAUUGUACAAAAACAAUCAGGACAUGGAGGUCAUGGCGGUUACUCAGCACCAGCUCCAGCUCCCGUUAAAAUUGUUAAAGUAAUCGAAGAACACGGUGGACACGGUGGACACGGUGGUCAUGGAGGUGGACAUUCAGCCCCACAAAUUAUCAAAGUCAUUAAGCAAUCAGGUGGUGGAGGUGGUUCAGGAGCCGGAUGGCAAUCAGGAGGUGGUUCAGACUCCGGAUGGCAAUCAGGAUCAGGUGGAUGGUAAUUAUCACCCGGACAGACUGAUUAAAUACAACUGAAAAAUGUACGAAAAGAUUUAAAAUCAAUGUUAAUUGUUUUUAUUGUUUUAAAUCAUUGUUGACCAAUUGUUUAUUAAAUUCAUAAUGUAUAUCAAUAA